AUGUCCCUUCAUUCUGUGAGUCUGCUUCUUGAAGCGAUCCUACUUAAAGCAAAAUCACUGCAAGAGAUGGGCAGAUUUAAAGACGCUGCAAAGGAGUGCAAGAUGAUUUUGGACAUAGUUGAAUCAGCAUUACCUAACGGAAUCCCUGAUUCCAUAGCUCAAGAUUGCAAAUUACAGGAAAUGUUUCACAAAGCAUUGGAAUUGCUUCCAAAGUUAUGGAUAGAAGCUGGAUUAUUAAAUGAAGCCAUAAUCGCAUACAGAAGGGCUCUCGUUAACUCUUGGAAUUUAGACCCACAAAGAUUAUCAACCCUACAAAAAGACUUAGCGGCUAUAUUACUUUACGGAGGUGUAGAAGCAACCCUUCCCCACCCCAAACCAUGGGACCCACCUUACCCUAAAUCCAACACAGAAGAAGCACUGAUUUUGCUGUUUAUACUCAUGAGAAAAGUAUCAUGUAAAGAAAUAAAGUGGGACCCUGAAAUCAUAAGCCAUUUAACUUUCGCAUUAUCAACAUGUGGCCAAUUCGAAUGUUUAGCUGUUCGUAUCGAACAGCUUCUUCCUUCUGCAUAUACAAGAAUCGAAAGAUGGUUUUUUCUUGCUCUUUGCUACAGCGCUGCUGGUAAAAUCGAAUCAGCCAUCAACAUUUUAAAGAAAAUUUCAGGGUCUUUUAAAGAAGAAUCAAAUUCAAAACCCCAUCUCCCUUCUCUUCUUUUGGGAGCAAAAUUAUGUUCUCAAGAUCCUAAAUAUUCCCAUGAAGGUAUAACUUUUGCUAGAAAAGUGAUCGAAUUGGGUGAUGAAAUUGAAAACAGGCAUUUUGAAAGCAUUGCUCACAAGUUUCUUGGAGUGUGUUAUGGAAACGCUGCUAGGGUUUCGUUUUCUGAUACAGAAAGAGUGGUUUACAAUCAAGAAUCUAUCAGCUCCCUGAAUAAAGCUGCUGCUUCGAUUGGAUUUGAUGAUGAUCCAGAAGUUUUAUUUAAUUUGGGAUUAGAAAAUGCGAUACAGAGAAACUUGGAAGCUGCAUUUGAAAAGAUUAUGAUGUAUUCUGACAUGAUUUGUGGGAGUUCAGCAAAGGGUUUCAAGUUAUUGGCUUUGAUAGUAUCUGGUGAACAAAGAUUUGAAGAUUCUGAGACGAUUGUUGACAUUGGUUUGGAUGAAACUGGAAGAGUUGACCAAUUGGAAUUGCUUAGACUGAAAGCAGUUCUUCAGAUUGCUCAAGAACAGCCAAAACAAGCGAUAGAAACUUACAAGGUUUUGUUAUCAUUGAUUCAGACACAUGGUGAACUUCAAAAAGUCAACUUGGAUUUUGAGGAAAGCGAGAGGAAAUUUGAAAUGGAAGCUUGGUUAGAUUUAGCAAAUAUUUACACAAAGCUGGAGUCUUUUUCUGAUGCUGAAAUUUGUGUUGGCAAAGCAAAGUUAAAGGAAUUCUACUACCCUCGAACUUGGCAUUCUACAGGUUUGUUAUUCGAAGCUCAAUCUUUACACAAAGAAGCACUUGUUGCGUUCUCGAUUUCACUAUCAAUAGAACCGGAUUAUGUCCCAAGUUUAAUUUCAACAGCAGAAACCCUAAUAAAAAUGGGUGGGAGUGGGAGUGGGACCCACACAGUCCCAAUUGCAAGAAGCUUGUUGAUGAACACAUUGAGGUUAGAACCCACAAACCAUGAAGCCUGGUUUAACCUUGGUUUGAUCUGCAAGAAGGAAGGUCUGAUGCACCAAGCUGCAGACUUCUUCCAGGCUGCACAUGAGCUCAACUUAUCAGCUCCAGUUCAGAGCUUUGUCUAAUGGAUAAAUAAAGUAGAGAUUUUUUGGAGAUUAGAAACCUGAAUUUUGUGAAUAUUCAGAUAAUAUGUAUAUCCAUUUAUGCAAUUGUAACAACCUGUUUCAUCAGGUGGUUUGACUUAAUCUGGUAAGCUAAGCUAAACUAUAUAUGAAUAUGAGACUGU